CGCUUGACUUGGAAUUCGAAUAGUAUCGGUCGCUGGGAGACGGCGUCGACGAGAACUAGUUGAAUCAAACAGAAACGUGUACGGCGAAGUGCGGUCGACUCGUCGAUUCGCAGCUGUCCUCCGCGUUUGUCAAAUAUAAGUUUUUGCGAAUCGCGUGUGUUUAUAAACAACUUUUAAGUACAUUUUUUUUAAAAUGAAGUGAUAUAAAUGUAUGUUUUAUGAAACGUGUUGAAUUUUAAAGUUUAACUUUAUUCUUUGAAACCGUAACCGCUUCUCGCGAUGACAACGGAGAUCGUUCAGUUACAUUUUGAGAAAACGGAGGUUUAUAAAAUGUUUCACAAGUCCUAAUCGUCACGCUGAUAUUCUCUGUAUCGAGUGUUUUAAGUAAAGUAACAGUCUUGUGUUUUGGUGUGUGACUCUGGAUUUCGUUGUUUUAUCAAAACAGUCAUCGAAACACAUUCAAAAUGAGUGUUUUGAGAGGAAUAAGCAAGGCCGACUUCAAAACGGGAGCUGAUGGUCUUCUGGAGCUGAACGAGGAAUGGCUCCAGAAAGUGAUGCGGACGGAGCCCAUCACCGACGUCUAUCACGUCGAACAAACUCCAUUUGCAAGGGGCAAGUUCGCCUCGGUCCGCAAGAUCCGUCAUCUGGAGACGAAGGUGGAGUACGCUGGCAAAUUCAUCCGCAAGCGGCGCCGCGCGGCUGACACCACGCGCGAGAUCCUGCACGAGGUCGCCGUGCUCGCGCUGUGCGCCGACAGCGAGCGCGUCGUGCGGCUACACGAGGUAUACUCCACACGGACAGAGGUUGUCAUAGUACUCGAGCUUUGUGCGGGCGGCGAGCUUCAACGUUUGCUGGAUGAGGAGGAGCGUCUCGCGGAGCGCGCGGCGCGGCGGGCUCUCCGUCACGCGCUCGAAGGUCUACGUCACUUACACGCCCGCCGCGUCGCACAUCUGGACCUCAAACCCCAGAACCUCCUGCUGUCUGCCAACGGCGAGGAUCUGCUGAUAUGCGACUUUGGCAUCUCGCGUGCCAUCCGCACCGGCGCCACCGUGCGAGAGAUACUCGGCACACGGGAUUAUGUUGCUCCCGAGAUCCUGUCGUACGAGCCGCUGACGCUGGCGGCGGACAUCUGGUCGGUGGGCGUGCUGGCGUACGUGCUGCUCAGCGGCUACUCGCCCUUCGCCGGCGACACCAAGCAGGAGACGUACCUCAACAUCGCGCAGUGCCAGCUCACAUUCCCCGAGGAUCUGUUCCGGGGAGUAUCCGCGCGCGCCAUCCAGUUCAUCAAAGACACGCUUGUUGUUGAUCCGAAUGGUCGUCUCACAGUGGAAGAGUGCCUGGAGCACCCCUGGUUGAAGGACGACGCGGACAUCCCCAGCGCCAUCGUGGGCGUCGCCGUGCCCGCCGACCUCAGCGACCACGACGCAGACGAUGUCACCGUCAACGGUACCAAUGGUGUAAACGGUACCAACGGUGUUAACGGUACCAACGGUGUAAAUGGUACGAAUGGAGUUAAUGGACAUGAAAAUGGUACCAACGGAGUUAACGGACAUGAAAAUGGUACCAACGUAGUUAACGGACAUGAAAAUGGUACCAACGGAGUUAACGGACAUGAACAUGGUACCAAUGGAGUCAACGGUACCCUCGAAAAUUGUACUAACGGAGUUAAUGGCAAAUGCGUUGGUAUCAUCGGACACAGCGACUGUAAUGGCGACGCACAAGAUGAUAGCAAAGAGUGCGGUUGGUGCGGCGGCGAGCGCGGGUCGGCGCUGAAGCACGGCCGCGGCGUCUCCCCACCCUUCCCCGACGCGCCCUCCACACCCAAGGUAUCGAGAAAAUCGCACCCGCCGUCAGUGCUGGCGCUGUGCAAGAAGUUCCAGCCCGACUACGAGAAGCCGGCCAAGCUGGCAACCGCCGAGUGUGGCCCCUGCGUCAACCUGCGGCCCCGCUCCGACCGCGCCGUGCUGUGCUAGCGCGCGCUCUGCUGCCUGCGGCCCCACCGGCCCUAGCAGCGGCCCCCUGCGCACUGCGGCGUCGAGUUGCGCCGAACACGACUACUAUAAAGUCGACCAUGAUGUGGACAAACGAGGAGGCGAUAUCGACUUACCGUCGAGUAGAAGGACGUUUGAGAAGCGCUUCUGACCCAGUGAGAAAAUCGGAAUUCAAAGAUAGUGCCUUAAUAAUGUAACCGCGCUUACGGUACUAAUGUAAAAGCUAAAGCUUGGAGGAGAAUAUAGCGGCUCCAUGGUGAGAAUAACGACGAGCGGAAGUCGCAAGCACUGAGAUUCAAGAUGCAGGAUCGAGGCGCCAAGAGCGCUCAGUGUUGUGAACUGUUGUGUCAGACUCGUCGUAAGUUUUGUGACUAGUGAAGCGGAUUUUUGCGUAUUAUUUUAAUGAACUCGCAUCGACGUAUACGAAGGAACACGCACAACCGUCGGUGCGAGGGGGGAUCCCCCCGCCCAUGUAAAUAAGAGUAGUUUAAGACGAUUUGUAUAUUUUUAUAUCGUAGAGAUUCGAUUAUGCGAACGCGCGGCACGCUGUUGUGUUUGAAGCGUCAAAUUUUAAAUGAGAAGGGAUAGCUAGGAAAGUAUUUGCUAGGUUUUUAGGUAAAUGAAUUGUACUAGUUUUGAAUUGUAAGAGAUUUAAGCGUUAUCUAAGUACAAAAAUAAUGUAAGACAUCGAUUCGCAAUUGUACAUACACCUUUAAAUGAAUUCCAAGUUCGUAACUAUUAUAUCACAUAAUGUUGUUUCGGUCACACCCGCGUCAAAUCGAGCGCGAGCGAAAAGACAGGAUUAUAUCACGCGUUACUGGAAUUGCCCUUCUGUUAAUGAAUUAUGAGCCCACUUUACUUGUAAUGUUACUCGCAGGUUGUUCGAGCUGUUGUACUAAAGCUAAGUGUUCUUACGAAGUCUAUUUAUACGUGUUACGGCCCGCUUCGCAUAAUCGCAUCCUGCGGCACGGUACAAAACUGUACUCGCGGUCGGACGGUUAAAUUAUUCCGGCCAUCCGGAUAUACUUAGGCAAUUGAUCGCGUAGAUGAUAAGAGUUUUAGAUAACGUGCAGCUCACUGCCGCGCCCGCUUGGGACCAAAAUUUGUGACGACGCGCGACGAGCGAGCGACGACAGUUGACGGCCGAUUCGAUGUGUAAACUGGGUGACAACUUGCAUUCGAUAAUUUUGAUAGCGAAGUUAGAAAUCGAGAACGGGAUUUGACACGUCGCAGUGUUAUAGCGCUCAUGUCUAAUGCCAGUUACUUUUUGGCUCUAACUUCACUGUGGGAAGUGGGAACUAUUAAAAUAAAUGCAAAUUGACUGCUCUAAAAUAUACGAACGAUAAUAAUCAUCAUUCCGCUAUAUUAGUAUCUUAGAAUCGGAUAAAAAGUCUGUUAUGACUGCACUUUGCUCGCUCGCCGGCCGCCGCCCGCCAUGUGUACUUGUUGAUCAUGUUUGAUGUUCGAUAUGAAAUUUUAUCACUUUGAGUGACCGCUUCGGGUUGUUGAAUAGAUAGGGUAAUUGUUGUAUAGUGAAUGUUUACAAUGAGCUCCAGAUCACCUGAUACUACGCUACCGAGGGACCACCCUCGUGGGAGAGCUUUGUAUAUUUUUUUCAGGAGUAAAUGUUUAAUUUUUAACAUUGUUUAACUGGACUCGGUUGAUUGCGAGCUGUUGUGAUCGUUACUCAUGUAAAAAUAAAUUAUUGUGAUAUAAUA